AUGUCCAAAUCUGUUGUCUGCUUUCAGGGUGAGCCCUCAGGCGAAGCUUUCGUCCACUUUGUGUCUGAGAUAGCAGCCAAUGUGGUGGUCUUGGGCAAGCAGAAUCAACCCUUUGUGACUGCCUCGGGAGCACGCAGCAAUGUCCAGUUGAUACUGGCCACACAGGACGAGACAAAAGAAUUCGUCAGCAUUCCGGGCACACAACCCUCCAUCGACUGGUCCGCUCUGGCAAGCAAUCUCACCAGCGGUGGCGUCUCCAACGCAGGUACUACCACAACAACGUCGCCACUGCCACCAACGAUGCCGUAUAUGUUACCCCCGGGAAUCCCCGCACCGCUGAUUCUGGGCUUGCAAUUUCCAUUCUCAUUGGUCAGUCAGAUGUCCUGCGUACCGUCGCUCAACGUCAAUCAACCACCCGAUUUUAAUGGUUGCCUCAAAGGCAACGGUGCGAGACUGCCCUCGAUGCCGUUCAUGAGUGCUGAAGCUGCAUCGACUAAAUUGGAACCGGAGGGUCUGCCAAAACCUGGCAUUCCCAUGGAGACGCCUAAGAAAGCUUAG